AUGGCUACCACCGAGGCUGCCUUUCGUCUUUGCAAGGCAAACGUGGCCAUGUUCCGCGAGGUUUCGGACUUCUACGAUCUCGAUAUCUCCUGGCUCACCUCGCAAUUCGAGCAGUACACCAGCAAGAAAGGAAUCACUCCCUUUUGCAUAAGCACUCAGUCGCACCACUCCAAGAAUAGUAUCAACGAAGACGUUGACGAGGUCGCCUUCGAGAUCAGCUUCCACCCGAAGAAUGCCAACCUUAUCCAAUGCAUCCGCUUCCACGAGAUGCCCUCUGAUAAGCACUUCAUCAUCACCGAGACAUCGAUGCUGCAUACUCAGCAGAGCACCGGUUGCCGCCUCUGGCUCGAGCUUCCACGAGGCGCACUGGAGAAUGAAAAGGGCGGCGGCGACAGCUCUGUACUGGACCCAAUGGAAGUCAACAUCUGCUGCGACGGCUGGAAGGAGUUCAUCCCUCCCGUCCCUGCGACCGAGCUCGAGCGCACCCACCUCUUCCUCUGGCUCAAGGAGCAAGUUGACCAGAACGACAGCGCCGUGCUUCGGAUCAAGAACCAGGUCGCGCACGAGCGCAUCAAGGGGAACAAGCUCAAGAAUGCCAACGAGAAGCUUCAGAAGGAAAGUGCCGCGCUCAAGGCCGAGAUCAAGGUCAUCCAAUCGUCCAUCGAGAGCCGCACGGCGGGUCUUGAGAAAUUGCUCGAGCAGUACAAGGCCCUGGUCCAAGAGCUCAGAGCUGAGCUGGAGGAUAUGAAGGCCACCAUCGUCCCUGAUGAGUCCGACUGUCCCACUCCCAAGGCCACGCCUGUUCCUCGUGAUGCCAAGGUGGCUGAGGCAGAGGGCCAUCAGACCACCCCCACGAAGAAGAAUGGUUAA